GGAGGCGGCAGCAGGUCGGUCCCGUCCACCCGUCGCCGCAAGCGCGGCCCAGGCUCCCCUGAGGCGGCAGCAGGUCGGUCCCGUCCACCCGUCGCUGCAAGCGCGGCCCAGGCUCCCCUGAGGCGGCAGCAGGUAUACGCUUGACCAAGAACUGGAACAAGAUGCUGUCUGUGCUCCAAAGUGUCAAGACAACAAUGGGCUGGCGGAAACACCAGCUCCUAGCUGACUUCAAUGAGAAUGAGAGCCCUGUGCCUGACAAACUCAAGAGAAGGGAUACUUUGAGUUCUCUCAAUACCAUAGGCAUGUCUCUAAGGAAGCGAAUACCUUUAAAGCAAGUAGAGCUGAAUUUCCACGAGACUCCAACUUGGGAAAGUCUGGAAGGAAAAGACAAGUACCAAACUCUCCAGAGCAUUACAAGAACAGCAAAAAGCGCUUUGGGAACAGUGUCCCAGAAAAUACAGAAGUCUUGCCAAAACCCAGUACGCUCACUAGUGGCCUUUCCAGCUGAAUCCAUUGCCAGGAAAAGCUGUGCAGCCAGUUCUUCCAAGAAGAGUAGCACUCUACCUCAAACCCCUUGCCACAAGAACGGUGUUACUCCAGCAGCCAGUUCCAAAGGCACUUCAAGAUCCAGCAAGAGAGCCUUGCUUGGGCCAACAAGGGUGACAGAGCAGAGAGAAUGGAGGCGUUUCUCAUGCUGGCUUGGUAAAGAUGCUGUCCCACUCCGGAGAUCAAGGAGAGCAGCGGCACUAAAGAGUCCUUAUUCAUCACCUUCUGCCAACAGAAAGAUAGAGUUUGACUGUGAGUUGGAACUGGUCUCCUCAGGGAUUUGCCGACUGAAGCAUCUCUCCCAGGCAUUUGAUGAGGCUGUUGUGCAAGAAGAGAGCGAUAUGACAGUUUCUCUCAUUCGUAACUGAAGAUAGUACCAACCAGGCAACAAGCAAUAUCAAACUACAACUACCUAAUGACUCAAAACUUGUAGUCUGUGCAUCAAUCUCAGAAACUCUCAAGCUAUCAGAAGGCAAGCAAAGAAUCUCCAUCAAGCAGUUUGUACUUAGACAAUGAUGGCUAUAAGCAGUGUUAUUUUUAUAAGCCUAUAAGGAGAACUCUGUGCAAGACUUGAGAAGGUUCACUCUGUGCUUUGAACAUAACUGACUGUGCUUUGAAUAAGCUAUUACUUUUAUAAUCUUUUCUUGACAAAGCAGCUCAGGUCUUCCUGUCUCUUUCUUUCCAAGUGAACAAAGGAAUCAAAUUUGUACCACAUAAUACCGAGAGGAGGGACCAUCUUGAAUAUGACUUGCAUAAUGCAGUAUGUAUUUUGAGAGACUUAGCUUGACCUGACCAGUCGGGAUGGCCAGAGCAAGGGCUGCUGCUCUAUAAAUGGCAAUCAUAGACAAGACCUAUUCAAAUGUUCCUCUGCAUAGUGUGGGUACCAGAUCUAUUAUCUUCAAGUUCUAACAGAUUUUAAUACACUAAGAAGCCAAAAGCCACAGCUUUAUGAAAGCUAAGCUCAAUUUUAACUGUAGGUUAAUGAAACAGUAAUGGCUUGUUUGAAUUCUGAUGAAAAAUGCCCUUGCAAGGCAAUGGGCUUCUGUAGAAUUGCUCAAGCCACAACAAUCGAACUGCAUUAGGACUCUAAUUCAUGGCUUAAAGGUUGCUAUUAAUUAGCCUAAUUAAGACCAUUUAAAGUACUCAUGUUCCAGAUGAAUCAGAGCAGCUCUGCUUCAUUUCUUGCUGCUACUUUAAAUAGCAUCUUGGCAGUGGAGUUAAGCAUUGAUUUAGAUGUGUGUCUCAGUUAUACGGAGAAAUCUGUUACUACAAUUAAUAUCAGUUCUUAUAACUAAUGUCAUUAGCUAAUAUUAUAACACAGGUAUUCUAUUUGAUAAAGUAUACCAAUAUUUGAUACCUGUAUUUAACUUCUAAUUAUUUUAAAGUAACAUUUGUUUGAUAAGCUUUUUUAGGUAGGUUAUUUAGUUUAACAGAGUUAAAUCUUUAGAACUAAAACAAAGAUUUCUCAAGUUUCUAGAAUUCAACACCAGGGCUGUGUUUUCCAUGGCAGCAGCUUUGUGCAGGCUUGUGAGAUUCUUAUAGUUCUAUAAAAUGAACCUUUAAACAGAAGAUUAAUUUGGGAAACUUGCUUUACUUACCAUGUGCACCUUAAAUGUUUAUUUGGUGAAACCCGAACAGCUAAAAUUCUAACGGUAUUAAGCAGAAAUAUAGGAAACAAUCAUAUUCAGUUCUGAUAUGUGUAAUUUGAUUCUUAAACUUGCUCCUGAUUUUUCUUGGUUGUCAAACUGGACUGUUUAAAAAAAGUACAGUGACAGUUAUGAGGACUGGAAACUCUUCCAUAAAAACAGCCCUGAUGUCUAGUGCUUCAGAUCCCUGGAGAGAGCUUUAGUUUUUGUGUUAUUUACUUUUUUUUUUUUUUUUUUAAGCCUACUUUUCCCUAUGGAACAGUAGCUUGAAGUUGUUCUUUGCAUGUACUGAUACUACUUUUAUAAAGCUUUCACAAGGA